AGAUGGUUGUGGCCAUUUAUGCUCUUAUUGCCGGACCAAGUUUUGUGCUCGAUGUGGAGGUCGUGUCUCUCUGCGAUCAAACAAUGAGGACAAAGUGGUUAUGUGGGUAUGCAAUUUAUGUCGAAAGCAACAAGAAAUCCUAACGAAAUCUGGAGCGUGGUUUUUUGGAAGUGGACCACAGCCUUCACCCAGCCAGGACGGAACACUGAGUGAUACAGCAACUGGUGGAAGAUCGGAUGCACCGAGAGAAAAGAAAGCAAGACUUCAAGAGCGAUCGAGAUCACAGACUCCCUUAAGUACAGCAGCUGCCUCAUCACAGGAAAUCUCUUCUUCCAGUGUACACUCUGACCGUAGGAAAGGAGCAGAAGUAUCACAACCAGCUAUGGGCCUGGACCAAAAGCAAGCUUCAUCAAGAUCUAGAAGUGAACCUCCAAAAGAGAGGAAGAAGGCAAUAUUGGUUUCAGACCAGAAUGGCAAAGGUUUAAAGAGUGAGCGUAAGCGUGUGCCAAAAUCCUCACUUCAAAAAGAAGGACCAACAGACGACAAGGAGCGCAAAGAGCGGCAUGAAGGCAGAAGGCUGGAGAAAGGCAAGUCACAGGACUACCCAGACUUGCCAGAGAAACUUGAGGAAGGCAAAGUGCCUGAUGAUGAAAAACAAAGGAAGGAAGAUGAAUAUCAUACCCGCUACAGGAGUGACCCCAAUCUGGCAAGAUAUCCUGUAAAACCACAUCCUGAGGAACAGCAGAUGCGCAUGCAUGCGAAAGUUUCUAAAGUACGACAUGAGAGAAGACACAGUGAUGUAGCUUUGCCACACACAGAAAUGGAGGAAGCGGAGGUACCUGAGAAUAAAUUAGGAAAACGCUCACAAUUACAGGGAACUCAGGACAGAAAAUCUCUUGUGGAAACUCAGAGGUCGUACUCUAUAGACAGAACAGGUGAUGUAAGAAUUUCUGUUUCUAAACAAUUAACUAAUCAUAGCCCACCAACUCCCAGGCAUAGUCCAGUUCCUAUAGAACACGUAGAAUACAAGAACCACGAUUCCUUUAUAAAACAGAGCCGCCUUGAUCCUAGCUCUGCUAUUCUCAUGCGAAAAGCAAAGCGGGAGAAAAUGGAGACCAUGCUAAGGAAUGAUUCCCUUAGCUCUGACCAGUCGGAAUCAGUGCGGCCAUCCCCUCCAAAGCCUCAUAGAGCAAAAAGAGGCGGAAAGAAAAGGCAGAUGUCAGUUAGUAGCUCAGAGGAAGAAGGGGCAUCAACACCAGAAUAUACUAGCUGUGAAGAUGUGGAGAUAGAAAGUGAAAGUGUCAGUGAAAAAGGUGACUUGGAUUAUUACUGGCUGGAUCCUGCCACGUGGCACAGCAGGGAGACGUCCCCUAUUAGUUCGCAUCCCGUAACGUGGCAGCCUUCCAAAGAGGGAGAUCGCUUAAUUGGGCGUGUUAUUCUUAACAAGAGAACAACUAUGCCAAAAGAAUCAGGUGCAUUACUGGGGCUAAAAGUUGUUGGAGGAAAAAUGACAGAAUUAGGUCGACUUGGUGCCUUCAUUACCAAAGUGAAGAAAGGUAGCUUGGCUGAUGUGGUGGGGCAUCUCAGAGCAGGAGAUGAAGUUCUAGAAUGGAAUGGUAAACCAUUACCUGGAGCUACAAAUGAAGAAGUUUACAACAUUAUUUUAGAAUCAAAAUCAGAACCUCAAGUUGAAAUUAUUGUUUCAAGGCCUAUUGGUGAUAUUCCACGGAUUCCUGAGACUUCUCACCCCCCAUUAGAGUCUAGUUCAAGUUCUUUUGAAUCUCAGAAGAUGGAAAGGCCUUCUAUUUCUGUUAUAUCUCCGACCAGCCCUGGAGCCCUACGGGAUGCACCACAAGUCCUACCAGGCCAGCUUUCUGUUAAACUCUGGUAUGACAAAGUGGGACAUCAGUUAAUAGUAAAUGUUCUGCAAGCAACAGAUUUGCCACCAAGAGUAGAUGGACGCCCUAGAAAUCCCUAUGUAAAAAUGUAUUUUCUUCCAGACAGAAGUGAUAAGAGUAAAAGAAGGACCAAAACAGUAAAGAAAAGUCUAGAGCCAAAAUGGAACCAAACUUUUCUCUACUCACACGUACAUCGUAGAGAUUUUAGAGAACGAAUGCUUGAAAUAACUGUGUGGGACCAGCCAAGAGUACAAGAAGAAGAGAGUGAAUUUCUUGGAGAGAUUCUUAUAGAGCUGGAGACAGCACUUUUAGAUGAUGAACCACAUUGGUAUAAGCUACAGACACAUGAUGAAUCUUCACUACCUCUGCCUCAGCCAUCACCUUUCAUGCCAAGAAGACAUGUUCAUGGUGGAGAAAGCACUAGCAAAAAAUUACAAAGAUCUCGGCCAAUCAGUGAUAGUGACAUCUCAGAUUAUGAUGUUGAUGAUGGUAUUGGAGUUGUUCCUCCAGGUUAUAGAUCUAGUACUAGAGAAAGUAAAUCCACAACGCUAACUGUGCCAGAGCAGCAAAGAACAACACAUCAUCGUUCACGUUCUGUGUCUCCUCACCGUGGCGACGAUCAGGGCAGGCCCCGUUCACGUUUACCAAAUGUGCCAUUACAGAGGAGUUUAGAUGAAAUUCAUCAAAUGAGAAGAUCACGUUCUCCAACUAGACACCAUGAUGCCUCCAGAACUCCAGUUGAUUACAGAUCUAGAGAGAUGGAUAGUCAGUAUUUGUCGGAUCAAGAAAGUGAGCUUCUUAUGCUGCCCAGAGCAAAACGAGGAAGAAGUGCAGAGUGCCUACAUACCAUCAGAAGUUCUGUUAGGCACUAUAAAACAUUACCACCCAAGAUGCCUUUGCUAGAAAAUGGUACUCAUUGGAACCUGUACAGCUCAACUCUUCCUGCAUGUGCUAAGACCAAAUCCGUGAUUAGACAGGAUAUUUCACUCCUUCAUGAUUGCCUUAAUUCACGAAUAUCGAAAGUUGGAGAUGAUCUGCCGGUUAGUGAACUGCAGCCCUCCCUUGACAGGGCUAGGAGUGCUAGUACCAACUGCUUGAGACCAGAUACUAGUUUGCAUUCACCAGAACGAGAAAGGCAGUCCAGAAAAGUGGAAAGAUAUAGCAGCCAAAAACAAACUAGGAAAGGCUCCGCAACUGAAACGGAAAGAACACAUCAACAAGGAAGUCCCACACAGUCUCCUCCUGCAGACACGUCCUUCAGCAGUCGUAGGGGAAGACAGCUACCGCAAGUUCCAGUAAGAAGUGGCAGUAUAGAGCAAGCAAGCUUAGUAGUGGAAGAGCGAACGAGACAGAUGAAAAUGAAAGUGCACCGUUAUAAUCAGACAUCAGGGUCUGGUUCUAGCCAAGAACAUGAGCGUGAGCAAUAUACCAAGUAUAAUAUACAAACAGAUCAGUACAGAAGUUGUGAUAACGUCUCUGCCAAAUCAUCAGAUAGUGAUGUCAGUGAUGUGUCAGCCAUUUCCAGAACCAGCAGUGCCUCACGCCUCAGCAGCACAAGUUUUAUGUCAGAGCAAUCUGAGCGCCCUCGGGGCAGGAUCAGUACAUUUACUCCUAAAAUGCAAGGCAGACGGAUGGGGACUUCAGGGAGAAUCACUAAGAGCACAAGUGUGAGCGGAGAGAUGUAUAAGCUGGAGCACAUUGACGGGAGUCAGUCGGACACGGCUGUCGGCAUGGUUGGAACAGGUGGGAAGAAAAGGCGUUCCAGCUUUAGUGCCAAAGUGGUUGCCAUAGUGUCUCGAAGGAGCAGAAGCACAUCUCAACUUAGUCAAACAGAGGGUGGCAGCAAGAAGCUAAAGAGCACAAUACAGAGAAGCACAGAAACAGGAAUGGCGGCAGAGAUGAGAAGUCGUAUGGUUCGACAGCCAAGUCGGGAAUCCACUGACGGCAGCAUAAAUAGUUAUAGCUCUGAGGGGAACUUAAUAUUUCCUGGAGUACGGCUGGGCGCUGACAGUCAGUUUAGUGAUUUCCUCGAUGGACUUGGACCUGCACAGUUAGUAGGCCGACAAACACUGGCAACCCCUGCCAUGGGUGACAUCCAGAUUGGAAUGGUAGAUAAAAAAGGCCAGUUAGAAGUAGAAGUCAUUAGAGCCCGUGGCCUCACACAAAAACCUGGCUCCAAAUCUACCCCAGCUCCAUAUGUCAAAGUGUAUUUACUGGAAAAUGGAGCAUGUAUAGCUAAGAAGAAGACCAGAAUUGCAAGGAAGACCCUUGAUCCUUUGUACCAACAGACACUGGUUUUUGAAGAAAGUCCACAGGGUAAAGUCCUUCAGGUAAUAGUCUGGGGAGACUAUGGCCGAAUGGACCACAAAUGCUUCAUGGGAGUUGCCCAGAUCCUUCUGGAGGAACUAGAUCUGUCCAGUGUGGUAAUAGGCUGGUAUAAAUUAUUUCCACCUUCAUCGCUAGUGGAUCCAACAUUGACUCCCCUGACACGCAGGGCUUCCCAGUCAUCUCUGGAAAGUUCAACUGGGCCUCCCUGCAUUAGAUCGUAGUAGCAGGUGCUGUCUAAUAAAAACAUCACCCAGGAUAACAAUUGGAACCAGAUAUUCACAUAAUCAAAAAACACUGUUGGAGAGAGACAAUCACUUCUGUUUUCACUUGUAGUAGUUAUCCAAAUGUAUGUCUGUUUGUUAAGAGAUAGCUUAAAUUGACAGAACAAAGGUAUAUCACAUACGGCUAAUCUCUUAGCGGCUAUCACUGAUGCUUAUAAUGAUCAAAAAAAAAAAAAAGAAAAAAGGAAAAAAAGAAAAAGGGGAGGGACUUUUAGAUUUGAUCUAAGUCAAAGGUGACCCAAACUGGAAGCUCUCACUCUGUUAACAAUGUUGCAUUUUUCACAUUUUGACAGAGCCCUCAAGCAGUGUUACCUUCCUGGUGUUUCAACAGUUUUUCUGUACUUCACUUCCACCAGUUUUUUGCCACAUGAUUCUGCUAGUUUCAUAGAAGUCCUCACACUGCUAACAGAGACCCUUCCUUUCUUUUUCUAAACCAAACAAAAAAGGGCUGAAGCAUAUCUCUGUAAGCAUCGUUAAAAUGUUCAACAGCCACAGUUACAAUUGCAGCAAGUUCAAAUCGUUUCUCAGUUCUGGUACUUACAAGUCUCUCACAUGGGAACCCAGAACAAAUGACCAAUCUUAGUUAUCUUCCUAAAAAUAAAUAAUCAUCACAGUGCCACUUUUUCUUUGUAAAAAGCAGAUAUGUUUGCAUUAUAUAUAUAAUAACUUUUAUGUUUAUGAUGUUUUGCAUGGAAGAAUUUUGAAGAAUUCUGCAACUACUGCUGGGGACUGGUAUAAAGCAGCUUUAGUCUUAAUUUUGACAUUGAAUAUGUUACUGGUAAUGCAAUUUUCCUCCUAGAAAUGGAGAGGAAAUACUUACGUUUCUGUGUAUAAAUGUAUAUUUGACUUCCCAAAAUGUUGACCAGGAAUGAAUUGAGCAUAUGACACUUUCAGCUGUACCCGGGCUUCUCUGAUGUGUGUCGCUUCAGACGCACCUGUCUGCCCUGGAUAGAGCAUGGUAUGAGUUGUUCAAUGUUUCGCUGGAAAUUCCAGUUGAAAUAUUCUGCACUUACUAAUGUUUUUAUCAAAUUUUAGUUUACAUUUCUUUGAGAUUGAUGCAAGCACAAGGCUUGAUUUUUUAACGCAAGAUAUCUUACUUUUUGGAGAAAAAAAAAGAAAAGUCAAAUUUCAAUUUGCUUUUUAUUCAUUUGAGUUCUUCUUGGCCUUGAAAUCCCUUGUGAUAUUCUGUAUAUGUGCGAAGAACUGCAGAUUCCUGCAGGUGCAUUGAUAUGUUUCCCCUCCUUUACAGGCCAUUCAAUUUUGUGAUCACAAAAAUAGAGCAGCAUGACUUGGAACUGUUCAAAGCUGCAUGCACGUUUUGUAAAAAGAGAUGACAAAGGUUAUUUAAUAAUGUAUGUUAGUUCCACAUAGGCCAGCUUGUAUGUUGCAUGUACUUGUACAGUUUGCUCGUAAUUACUAUACUGAAGUAACCAAGAAAUCUAAGCCAUCCAUUUUUCUUAUAGACAUUUUGCAGGUUUUAGCCAGGCUAGAUAUGUGGGUCUGGUGCUAAAUGUCUAUAGAUGGACUUUAUUUUUUACCCUAUGGAAAACGUGAUGUAGUACGGACCAAAUUCCUUCUAAUAACUAUUUUGGUGUAGAUUCCUACUGUGGGGCUGUAACACAUGUAGAAACUGUGUACACACUAGGUUUUAAUUCAUAGACAUACUGCCUGCACCAAGUGAACUAUUUAUUAUUACUCAACACAUGGGAAUUAUUCUGCCCAUCUUUCCAUAGGGCAUAAAUUGGUUACUGCUCGACCUGCUGAGCAGGAAGAACUCAAGCGUUGGUGCACUACUACUAGAUCCUGCUCUGUCUUAGUGGCCAAACACCAACUAGUUAUAAUUCAAUAGUAUCUUUCUAUUUUGACCACUUGUCUUAACACUCCCCUGUGCUUUUAAAUGAACUUCCAACUCAUGUUAUGUAAACAUGUUUAAUAAAAUUUCCUUUUCAUGU